AUCAGUGUGCCCUGAUGAUCAGUGUAGCCCCAGCAUUUCCACCUGUCAGUGUCCAUCAGUGCCAGCUCUCAGUGUUCAUCCAUGCCACCUGCCAGUGCCCAUCAGUGCCACAUCAAUGCCACAUAUCAGUGCCCAUCUGAGCUGCCUUUCACUGUCACCCAUCAGUGCCAGUCAGUGCCACCUAUCAAUGCCAAUCAGUGCCACCUAUCAGUGCUGCCAAUCAGUGCCACCUAUCAGUGCCAGUCAUCAGUGCCGCCUAUCAGUGUGCAUCAGUGCCGCCUAUCAGUGCCCAUCAGUGCUGCCUAUCAGUGCCACCACCUAACAGUGCCAGUCAGUGCCACCUAACAG